AUGGCGAAAUCCGAACAUCAACAAGAACUGGGUGGUGCCCAGGCAUUAUUGGAGCUUGGAACCAAAAACAAAGAAGCUGGUUCUAGAAAAGAUGACGACAGAGAUCAGUCUCAAGCCCAAUCUCAGUCACAGGCCCAGCAACCACAGCAAUCACAACAAUCGCAACAGCAUCAAGAGCCGCAGCAGCAAUCACACCAGGCGAAUCUAAACGAGGCCGUCGAGGAUGCCGUCUUGAAAUAUGUUGGCAGCACAUUGGAUGCCGAUUCAUCGAAUAACGGCAAUGUCAGCAAAAAGAGAAAGGUAUUCACAACGGAUGAUAUAUCCAACAUGGAGUUCCAGCAAUGGACCACCGGCUUUUUGGCAGAUGAUUUGCACGACGGAAACGAGGAUGAUUUCACUUUCAACCCAGAUCUCAAGAAGAUCAAGGCAAAGCGCGAUUUCAAGAAGCAGAGCAGUUCUGCUCAGGGUUCCGGGCUCAACGUUGAUCCCGAGUUGACCCAUUUGGGCUCUAGUGAGCACGACCAAUUGGUGCAGGCUGCCAUGAGAGAUGCGCGUGCGCUUUCUGUGCUAGGCCACUUGGAUGCCGACUAUUUGAGACACGUUGGUUCCGAUGAUGUGGAUGAUAGCAACGAGCAACUGGCUGCGCAGGCUGUUGCGCGUGCUGCAGGUGUCAAGGCUGAUUCGGGAAACCAUUCUCUGGCAGAAGCUGCGGCUCUCGUAGAAGCUGCGGCAACAAAAGCAUCAAGUUGGGUCACUACUUCGCCCCAGACAAAGAUAUUCUCGAAGGAGGAGACAGAUGCGAUCAAAUCUUUCGUGAAAGAUUACUGUCAGAUUCAUGGAAUUUCAGAAAAUGACGUGUGUAGGCGUGUUUGGUCGAACGAGAGAAAGAAGGAUGGCUUCUGGGAAGCCCUUCAAAAAGUGUUGCCUUUGAGAUCAAGAGCUUCCCUUUACAAACAUGUGAGACGUGCCUACAAUGUGUUUGAUCUCAGAGGUAGAUGGGGACCCGAAGAUGACGCAGCUCUUGGGAGACUCGCCUCGGAGAAAGAAGGCCAAUGGAAGCAAAUAGGGCUUGAAUUGGGUCGUAUGCCUGAGGAUUGUAGAGAUCGAUGGAGAAAUUAUGUCAAGUGUGGAAAGCAGAGGAACUCUGAUAAAUGGACUGACGAAGAGGAGGAGAGGCUCAAGUCUGUCAUCCACCAGCUGCUGACUGAGGGAAGCCAGGACUCAGUGAUUAAUUGGACCAUGGUGAGUGAGAAGAUGGGCGGAACCAGAUCCAGAAUCCAGUGUCGCUACAAGUGGAAUAAGCUGCUGAGACGAGAGGCCGCGGUCAGGGCCAAAGGAAUUGACAUCAAUGACAGGCUGUGGUUAUUAACAAGAAUGAAACAGGAGCUUGAGUCCGGUUCAGAGGAAAUUCCCUGGGAAACCCUGGCCAGUAUGCAUGAUGCACAAACCUGGACAGCUACUGAUUUUAAGGUGUGUUUCGAGAUUAUGAGGUCCAGCAUAAGGGAUUUCCGUAGGAAGUCGCAGGCUGAAAUUCUGGACCUAUUGCUCCAGGAUCUCUCGAACGACAUUCAACACCAGGCCAAAAUCGCGGAUGCUUUAGGAGGCGAUCAACAUCAGGACGGAGCAUUUGACGAGUCCAAGGUGAAGCCCCAACAUCCAACCGAAAAACAACUGGAGGCCGUGGCCGUUGCGGCAGUCCAAGGCACAGACGACUACAUAUGGAAAUAA